UCGUCGCCAACAGUCACGCGCAACGCAUACCAGAUAUAAAACCGCGAAUUAAGUGUCUCCUCAAGGAUUUCGGAUUUUUAUAAACAUGUUCGCCACAACAUACUGGAAGUUGGCCAUUAGCAUAGGCCUUAUAUCCGCUGUUUUGGUGACACCAGGCUCCGGGGCCUAUACGCGGGAGAUUGUAAACGACAAACUUCCAUUGCAGGAGAGGCCUCCAUGGCUACAGACGUGCAAGCGCUCCAAUCCAAACGAGAACAAGUGCUUCCGGCAGCUCUUCGAGGGAUGCUUUCCUGCUCUGGCCGCUGGCAUUCCCGAAAUCGGCGUGAAAAGCUUUGAACCCCUGAACAUUGAUCAGGUAUCCGUCUCGAAGGGCAGUGGAAAUCUGGUGCUAUCGGGCGGAUUCCAGAAUCUGAUAAUCCGCGGACCGUCUAACGCUACUGUGCGAAGAGCCAGCUUGGAUCUAGAGCGGCGGCUGCUGAACUUCGAGCUGGAACUGCCAAGGCUCCGUAUCCGGGCUAAGUACAACCUGAAGGGAAAUAUCCUGCUGCUGCCUCUGGUCGGUAAUGGGGAUGUGGCCAUGGCGCUGAAAAACGUGCAUACCACUGUCUACACAAGGAUCUCCCUUCGGAACGAGACCCGUACGGGCGAUGAGAUCAUCCACAUCGACGAGAUGAAGGUGGGCUUCGAGGUGGGCGCCAUGCGUAUCCAUUUGAAGAAUCUCUUCAACGGCAACGACAUCCUGGCGGCCUCAAUUAACUCGUUCCUUAACCAAAACGGCAACGAGGUCAUAGCCGAGCUACGCCCGGACUUGGAGCUGGGACUGGCCGACAUUUUCCACGGACUGUGGAACAACGUCUUUUCUAAGAUGCCCACCAAGCUGUGGCUGAUCUAGUGAUC